AACUUGUUCCCUUUUCUCUUGGCUCUUACCGUUUCUCUCUUUUCUGCAAAUUCGUGGGGUUUUUUGCAGGAGCUGAAAGGAACUGAAUAAAGAAAGAGAUUGGCAGUGGAACAGUUAAAGAGUCCACUAACGGAAAGUAAAAGUCCCAGAGAAAGAAAGAAGAAUGCGCAAAGUUAUGCCAUUUUUACCUGAAACAACCAUAUAGUUCCUUUGCAGUAAAAAGAAAUGGCAUAGAAAUUGUUCGUGCCUGCUCUUGAUCAUGUGCUAUGCAUGCCAGUUAUUAUGAUGGGUCUCCAGUCUUGUCCUUGUUGAGCCAGUCGAUCCAACAAUCUGAGGGGAAAAAAAGACAAAAGAAAAUAGGGAAACCCAGUUUUUUUUCUGUUUCUUUUUCAAUGUUCAGUCAUGGAGGCUACAGAGAUUUAGAAAGCAUUUCAAUUUCCCAGAUUAUGCGUUUCUGCAUCUUGAAAUAAUUUUUAACAUAAAAACUUUCAUUUUUUUCUUCAGUUCAUGUUUGUUUUUCAUGUUAGGAAUUUAGGGGGUCUGAUUCUGAUUAUAUAAGCUUAGUUAUGCUGAGGAAUAGGUCGAGAGCAGUGACCAGCAAGCAAGCUUUAAUGGCUGAUCACAGCUCUCAAGCAUCCCCUGUCCAGAAUUGCACUAACCCAAUUCCAUCUUUCUUCGAUUCUUCCAGAUUCAAAGCUUUCACCUCAAAAUCCCUCCCUGAAACCGAAGCUAUCAAGAGCCCUACUUCAAUCCUCGACAACAAACCCUUCUUUCCCUUCUGUAAUCCCUUUGCCUUAACCCGUCCAAAAUCGCCGAAAGUUUUCUCACUUGGAAAUCCUGAACCAAAAGGUAUCGGUCUUGCUAUACUCGACACAUUCAUCAACGAUAACCGAAGUGAAGACAACAGUUCCUGCGAGCCAAACAAAAGAAAGGUCUUGUUUGGGACAGAACCCAGAGUCCAGAUUCCUCCACUCGCACCUACUGAUUUUGGAAUCAAGACCAGGAAUUCAUAUUUAUCUCCAACAUUCGGGUCCCCUGGUUCUGGUAUCCAAACGAAGGAUCUUCCCGUUACUGAAAUGGAGCUGUCCGAGGAUUAUACAUGUGUGAUAUUUCACGGUCCUAAUCCCAGAACCACACACAUAUUCGAUAACUGCGUUGUGGAAAGCUACUAUACUGUACCUGAUAAUGAACCCAAGCCUGCAACCGGGAGUUUCCUUACCUUUUGUCACACAUGCAAGAAGAGUCUUGAACAGAAAGUUGACAUUUACAUUUACAGAGGUGAGAAAGCUUUUUGCAGUCCAGAGUGCCGAUAUCAAGAAAUGCUCCUGGAUGGAGGCGAGAAUUAAGAAUUUUCAUCACUUGUUCUUAUUUUGUUCAUCUUUUUCCCUCUCCCCUGCAGAUAUGAGAUAAGAGAGGAUGAGAUUAAUUUUUGUUUGAGUAAAUUAUUUAAAGAUUGGCUUCA